UUCGACGACACUCGAAGAUUAGUGUAGGCCUCGAAACUCUCGGUCCGGCUUCAGAUACUCCUCCGAAUAUUUUUUUUUGGCUACCUCAGAUCGACUAUACCCACAUAGCUACACAUCCACCACGACUAACAUAGUUCCGAUGGAAAGAUCAGGCGUAGUGGAUGCGAGGGCAAAGACCUCACUUCAAAUUUUGGAACAGUAAUCCCGCUCUAUUGCCCUAAGUUGAAUACGGACUGAUGUUCUGUUUACCAGGAUAGAUGCGGCAACCAUGGUGGCUCAAUCCGAGUGUCUCGAAUUCAGCCAAUUGAUGUAUGAGAAGCUGCCCAAGGAGCUGCGAGAUCUGGUGUACAGCUACAUCUGUCUCGAAGAUCGACAGAUUCCAAUCGGACCAUACUAUCACUUUCGAAAGUAUGAGUCGUCUGUAGAGAGGAGAAUGGCGUACUCAGACACCCAGUAUUGUCCCAGGAGUGGGGACCUCCAGACCGAGCUCGCAGAUGGAAAGACGAGGAUCGACCACGACAUCUACCCGGAAGAGGACCUUAUCCUACCAAAAUAUCACAUCUUCAGUUCGAGCUAUAUGGGCCAAGAUGUAGCUCUAGAGAUGCUGAAGAAGUACUAUCAAAGCAACAGCUUCUCAGUGUGUAGCGUCGAAGGCGGCCUGGAUGAUCUGUGCACAGCUAUCUCGUUCGGUCCCGAGCCUUCAAGGUCUGGCUUUAUCCCGCUCGACUAUAUUCGAGAUCUACAGCUGCGGCUGAAAUUUGAACACUACACGAAAGGAAUCAGCGAGCUUGAGGCAUACCAGGGCUUUCAAAUUGAGAAGAUCGCCAAGAAUGAGUCCUUUCUACGAGGUACAGUAGAUUCACUCAGGGCGUUUCGGAUCAGGAUACUAGAGUCUCCGCAUGAACUGGACCUCGAGGUUGUCCUCAUGACGGAUCUUGCCAAGGCUCGAGGUUUUGGAGGCGCGAGGGAACAUGCAGAAGCAUACCUUACAAAUUUCCUACAGUCCAUUCGCAACAUGGUCUACGAGCUGUUACACGAUUGCGAGCAUAUAACAGUCCGGGUCACACAUCAAGACGAUGGUCUUAUGGCGUUCCCCAAAAACUACACGGGACUAUUCAAUCUGACAAAUGAGCAAUGGCAACAUGAGACGUCCAGACAACUUCCAGGUUAUGACUGGGCCGGAGACUUUUGGGUCUUCCCUGUCGAGAGGCAAACCCUGCCCGAGUGCGACCAAGCCCGACUUGGAGGGUACUACAUUGACUCUCUGAAUGAGUUUCUCCGCUCGCGGUGGGGUGUCGACGAUAUCCUCCACGAAACCGUCAGCGCCAAACCUAUUGUCGAGGGCCCAUACUGGCCCGUCGGACGUCCGGUCGACCUUUCAUUUGCAGAACAGCUGCAUGCCAAGCCCACGCGCUGAGUCUUCUGAAACAUGAGCAACGAAGCUGGCCUUGAAGCGUCGUUUCUGUGCUAAAAUGCCACAUCAAUAGACACGCAGAAUCCCAGGCGGGUCUGGCGACACAUCAACGGACGUAAAUA